AUGCGAGCGACAGGCAACACGGCGGCCGACAUCAGCGUCUCACUGGCAGAGCAAAGCCGCAGUGCUGACCCCGACGACGAUACCUCGCACAGGCGUUCUGGAUCUCAGACAACGCUGUGCACGAAGAGUGGGGGUAGUAUUGUUCACUGGCUGCGAGAAGUGGAUGCCGCGCGGGGAGACAGCACGCCGACGGACAUGGAGCAGGAGGAACUUCUCAUGUUCUUCAAGGGGCGUUCACAACAGGGGAGCAGACCAAUGGCGUCUGGUGGCAGCGCCGCCAAUGCGACUACGCAGCAGUGUGGAGGAGAGGAGGAACCUCCAUUGAUGAGGCCCGCGGUGCGACUGUCACCGCAGGUCACCCCCAGCGCAGGGCGCCACAGCAAACCUAGGUGGGAGGUCUUUUCAAGCGCGCCACGUACUGACAGAUCAUCGAUGCCAGGCGAAACCUCUGCGUCACGGCUAAGCGGUGGUGGGUUUAUGAUGAUGGUGCCGGCAACAGCGGCGAUGACCCCCGAAGGCCAUUGCGGCUACUCCCCCAGGUUUGGAACACAACAGACACCGUGCUAUCACCAGCAAUCACCAACACUGUUGCUUGCAUCACUUGGGCGUGGCUUUGUGCAUCCUGCGGUUAACGGAAACAGCAGCAGCUGCAGCAUGCCAGAUCUCUCACUUCCGCCUUCACUGAGCACAGGAGGCCAUGUGACUUUCUCGGAGAUCCCAGCAAAAAGAUCAGGCGACCGUGAGCACGGCAGCACCAACGCAGUUCUCUUGGAGCCAGUCUGUGGCGGGAGCGAUCACACCACGCCGCCUCGUCAGCGCAUCCUUCCAGUGGCUGAGCGCAUUAGACAACCGCCCUCCGCUCCUCACCAUGACCGACGCUGCCGUGAUGUGGGCGCCCAAUUUUGCAGCAACGGAGCCCCCCCCCCUCAAAGUGGAUCGCUGCAGAAACUGCGACUCAACAACCCGCCGAAGUUGUGCCCUCCCCAUGCCGCCAGACUCCAUUUACUCUCAACGGGGUGUGAAAUCACCACCACCACCACCACCACGACUUCCACGAUAAGGGAUGUCAAGGGUUCUCCCCAAUAG